UGUUCUGUUUCAACUCAAAACAUAAACUAUAAAGAGUUAAGUCGUUAAGUGUAAACUCAGUAACUGUUUGAUGUUUUAAAUUUUAAAUUGUCGUAAUUCCGUUUAUACACACGUGUUAUUAUAAUAAUUAAUAAUCCAAACAAAAUCAUGGAUGAUUCUACAAGAGCUGCAAUAUUUGCAGAUUUUGACAUUAGCCAGAAUGAAUCUCAAAUGGAUUUUACCGAUGAUUUGACUAAAUCAAAAUUUAGAAAAUCUCAGUUCAAUUUGUCUGUUUCAUUAACACCUGGGGAACUUAGUGCUAUAUUUGAUACACCUACAAUUCAACCAAAAUUAAAUUCUGAAAAUGGGUUAUACAAUCAGUUUCUAGAUGUUCUUCAAGCAUUUCGCAUUAGUUCACCUUUACAACUUUUAGAAAUACUUCAAUAUUUUAUUGACAAUUGUAUAGACACCAUAUCCAUUCUAAAAGAUCAAAAUCAAAAUGCAGAUUGGUUAGAACAAGAAUUGAAUACAUGGCGUUUAUUGUUAACACUAUUUCAAGUACAACAUUUAGAGUCUGAAAAAGUUGAUAAUAUAGUUAGUGAUCGAGAUUUAGCAGAUGCAUUAUUCAAAGAAGAUCAGAAAUUAAAAGGGAUCCAAAGAAUUGUCGAUUGGCUAGAACAUUGUGCUGCUGAAAAUAUGGAAAAUGAAUUCAUGAAAGAUGCAAAACAUUUCUCUGACGAGGAAGUUGCUUGGCCAAAUACUUUAGGCCAACUGUUGAAAAAAGAAUUAAUAUAUCAAAGUUCCGGGGCUAUGGUCACUAAAUUAGAUCCAGAUGCACCUAACAGACAAUCAAGAUCUAUUCACGAUCUAGACCAGGUUGACGAUGAUAGACUUCUAACCCAAGUGUUUAAUGAGAUUCGUUGUGGUCGAUUAGAAAAGGCUGAAUUGUUGUGUUGUCAGUAUGGUCAGUUUUGGAGGUCAGCAAUAAUGGAAGGAUGGCGGUUGUAUCAUGAUCCAUUUUAUAAGCCCAAAGAAGAACAGAAUCCUUCAGAUGAAAUACUUGGGAAUCCAAAUAGAGAUGUUUGGAAGGCUUGUGCUUGGAAAAUAUCAUCAGACCAUAAAAAUUCUCCGUAUUGGAGAGCUACUAUUGGCAUAUUAUGUGGAAACAUUGAUGCUGUCUUGCCUGUCUGUAACCGAUGGGAGGAUAUUUUAUGGGCACAUCUUCAUACUAUAGUUAAUGUUGCUGUUGAAAGUCACAUACAAACACACAAGUCCAGCAGUUUUAUUAGUUUGCCAGAAAAAUAUUGGGAAUAUAAAAUGACAAUGGACGAUAUUAUAGCUGAAUUGAAAUCCAACCCUAAAUUGGCAGUACGUCAGGAAGCACAUAAACCCAGACGUCAAAUUCAGCAGUAUUUUAUGACCAAUCAGUUUCGUGAAUUAGUGAACAUCAUGGCAGAUUGGGCUGAAAAUAGUUUGGAAUCGGAUCCUCAAUUUUUGCGUUUCCUUGCACAUUUAAUCUUAGUCAUUCGAUGGGCUGGAAUUCAACACGAUGAGCUGGCUGCAAAUUUAAUAAUACAAAAAUAUAUAGAGGUCUUAAUUCCAAUGAAUGAUUCAUUGUUGGUAGCUUAUUACACAUCUCAAUUGGAACAAACUAGUCAAAUUAUUAUAUAUUCCAAGUUUCUAGAAAAAAGUGUUUUAACAGAACAGCGAACUCAAGGAUUGUUGGCUGCAGAAAAGUUUUCUCUUCCUGUUGAAGAGAUAACUAAACGUAUUGUUGAAACAUAUAGAAAUCGAUUCACUAAUAUGACUUCUGGCCAAGAUCUAUUUUCGGAAAUUACCAGUGAUGACUAUGAACUUAUUUCUGCAUUAGAUUGGAUAAUUUAUUAUCCUCAUCAAGUUGAAGAAGCAUUUGUACAAAUUAAUGCAGUUGUACGUAAUUUUGUUGCUCAAGGAAAAAUCCAAGCAGCCCGUCUAGCAUUUAAUAAGGUUCAAAAAGAUUCAAUUAAUAGAUUAAUGAAUAACGCUGAUAUUGAUAUUGAAAAACUCUUGGAAUUUGAUAUGGUAUCAGUUUCUAAAAAAAUACAAUCACUUGUCUUGGAAUAUUUAGCAUAUAAAUGUUAUUUGGAUGCUGAAGAAGGAUUUGCUGAAUGGUUUCAUGAAUAUCAUCAGACCAAACCAAUUGAACCAAUCAAACUACAUGGAAAUGCAGAUUAUGCUAAAAAAUUGAUCCACGAUCACAACAUGGAACAGUAUCAAAUUGCAUUGAGCAACUGGAAGAAGAAUGUAGCCAGUUCAUCACAAAUUGUUGUUGAACAACUCUUUAAUUUACUUUUCUUCCCUAACGGGUGGCUUGUUGACCACGAAAAUGAGGACAAAAAUCGUCAUGAACAUUUUGAACUCUUGCGAACUAUUUGUAUUCCUAAGAUUUUUAUGCUUCUACAUACUAUAUUGCAUAGCGCUGAAAAGUAUACUGAAUGUAUCAAAUUAGCUAGUUACAUAACAGACAAGACCAAUAAAUUCUAUCAAUUAUUCUCUCAAGCUGAUCUUAAGAAGUUAUUAGCAAAGAUUGCUGAAUCAUCUGUCUGCUUAAUGGAGUCUAAUGAACAAGUAUUAGAUCCUUGGGGAUUUUGAUUAUCUUAAUCUUAAAUCUUCAUAUGAUAUAUUGUGAAAAAUAAAUGUUUAAUGUUGUAAAUAUAUUUUUUUUUAAUACUGAAAA